CUUCAAGAGACAGUCAAAAGGAAAUUGGAAGGCGCACGUUCACCUCUCAAUGGAGAGCAGCAGAACGGAGUUUGCGAUGGGAACUUUUCUCCAACCAGCAAGCGUACACGGAAGGACGUACCAGGCAUUGAGGCAAUCAACAGCUUGCCCAAUAAUUUGCCUUUGCCUGCUGUUUCUCCUCUUCACCAGCUUGACAUGAAAGCUCCUCUGCCCCUGCAGAACAGUGGAACUCACGGUGGUGGUCUAGAAGACUUGGGUGAAAACGGUGGGCUUUCUGAGAUAAAGCUCCCUGUCAAUGGCUGCAACGAGCUGGAUGAUAGUUUUAACAUGCUGCAGAACAAGGAGCUAAAACAAGAGACUUUGGAUGACUCCAACUGCAUAGACACUUCUGAAACAUCUCUUUCGAAUCAGAACAAGCUCUUCUCGGACAUUAACCUAAAUGAUCAGGAGUGGCAGGAGCUCAUAGAUGAGCUGGCGAACACUGUCCCAGAAGAUGAUAUACAGGAUUUGUUCAAUGAAGACUUUGAAGAGAAGAAGGAGCCYGAGUUUCCCAGGCCUGCCACAGAGACUCAGGAGAGUGCAAGYGUGAAAAGCGAUCCAUCCCAUUCUCCAUUUGCUCACGUCCCACUGGGCUCUCCCCAGGUGAGACCRUCUUCCUCCGGUCCUCCAUUUUCCAACGUCUCCACGGCCUCCAGCAUCGCUUCUGCAUCCAGCGCCCCUCCAGCCCCAGUCUCUGCYGGGUCACCAGCAAACUGUGUUGUCCAGUCCCCUCAGACUCCCAGCCAAGCCCACACUCCCAGCCAGACGCAGGCACGCUCUGGAAACGGCUUCCUGCUGAACCCGGCACCCGCUGUGGCAGGGUCAGGGCCCGGCUCGGUGACCCUGCCGAGCGCUGACCUGUCCCCAGCUGAGCAGCUGAAGCAGAUGGCAGCCCAGCAGCAGCAAAGAGCCAAGCUCAUGCAGCAAAAGCAGCAGCAGCAGCAUCCAAAUCAGCCCUCAAGCUGGUCACCGGUGGGACCCCCAUCUAGUCCCUACGGAGGACCCUUCAGCGCAGACAAACCAAAUAGUCCAAUGAUGUAUCCUCAAGCCUUUAACAACCAAAACCCAAUAGUGCCUCCUAUGGCAAAUAAUCCCCAGAAGACCGCAAUUAAUAACUACCUCCCUCAAAAUCACAUGAACAUGAUCAGUCAGCAGCCAAAUAACCUGGUCACAAACCCCUUGAGCAAACAGCCCAAUAUGCUUUCUUAUGGCAACACCAAGCCCCUGACCCAUUUCAAUGCUGAGCUGAGUCAGAGGAUGACCCCACCGAUGGCAAAUCCCGGGAAGAACCCCAUGAUGCCAUACAUCCAGCAGCAGCAGCAGUCCCAGCAGCCGCAGAUGCCGGCUCAGAUGGCGCACCUGAGCGAGGAGCAGAAACGCAUGCUCAUCAUGAAGCAGAAAGGAAUGAUGAAUCAGCCCAUGGCGUAUGCAACACUCCCUGCCCUUGGUCAGGAGCACCAGGUGGGAUUGUCGCGGCCCGCGGGGCCUGUGCAGCCCUCAGUSCCGGCGGGCUCCAGCAGCGGGGUGMCGGGCAGCAGCUCCGGCGGGCCKUUCCUCGGGAGCCAGCCGCAGGCUGCCAUCAUGAAGCAGAUGCUGAUUGAGCAGAGAGCGCAGCUCCAUGUGAUGGAGCAGCAGAAACAGCAGUUUCUCCGAGAGCAGAGGCAGCAGCAGCAGCAGCAGCAGAUCCUAGCAGAGCAGCAGUUGCAGCAGCAGUCACAUUUGCCUCGGCAGCAUCURCAUCAACAGCGAAGCCCAUAUCCAGUGCAACAGGUCAAUCAAUUCCAAGGUUCACCCCAGGAUAUAGCAGCUGUGAGAAACCAAGCAGCACUCCAGAGCAUGAGAACAUCCCGAAUGAUGGCCCAGAACGUGAGCAUGAUGGCCAUGGGUACCUCCCAGACCCUGAGCACRCUGCCCACCACUGCAGGCCAGUCGGAUAUCAGCAUGGCUCCUUACAGCAAUGCCUCUUCCAGCCAGCCAGGAAUGUACAGUAUGAGCACAGGGAUGAGCCAAAUGUUGCAGCACCCAAACCAAAGUGGCAUGAACACGGCACACAGCACAGGCCAGGGAACAAGGCAGCCUGCCUCUGGACAAGCGGUGGGAAUGGUUGGCAAUUUUGGUCAGAACAUGCUGGUAAACUCUGCUCUUCCCCAGCAUCAACAGCAGAUGAAAGGACCUGUGGGCCAGGUCUUGCCAGGGCCACAAGCACCACAACUUCAAAACUUGAUGGGGACUGUCCCUCAAGGAACACAAAACUGGCAGCAGCGAGGUUUGCAAGGCAUACCUGGAAGGACUAGUGGUGAAAUGGGGCCCUUCAACAAYGGCACCGUGUACGCGAUGCCAUCCAGGCAGCCACGGCUGUCCAAGCAGCACUUCCCACAGGGGCUCAAUCAGACAAUUGUGGACACAAGUGGGACAGUGAGAGCCCUGAACCCAGUGCUGGGGAGACAGCUGCUGCAAACGCUGCCUGGGCAACAGUCAGCCAGCCAGGCCAGGCCCAUGGUGAUGUCAACAAUAAACCAAGGGGUCCCUGCCAUGUCAGGCUUCAGUCAGCCCUCAACGCAGCAAAUGCCAGGUGGUAACUUUGCUCAGAGCAACCAAGGCCAGGCCUACGAGAGGAAUCCCACUCAGGACGUAUCUUACAACUACAGUAAUGAAGGAUCAGGGGGGUCAUUCUCCAGUUUAGCAGAGGGCGCAGACCUUGUGGACUCCAUUAUUAAGGGUGGACCAGGGGAUGAGUGGAUUCAAGAACUUGAUGAAUUGUUUGGAAACCCCCAGUGAAUGGGCUUGUAUAGUCUGGAGCUUUGGCUGUUAUGUUUGAAAAAAGAAAAGAGAAAGUUGGAUGUUCUCCCCAUCCCUGGAUUGUUGUUUUUUGUUUGAAUUGGUUUGAUUUGGGGUUAUUUUGUUUUCUUUUGUUUUCAAUUGUGCAAACCAAGCUGAUCUGUAGCCAACUUUGGAAUAUUCAGGGGACGAUGAAAACAUCAACAUCCCAAAACUUCCACCAAGCAAUCUAUAUUGUGUGGCAGUGCCCACUCUGUGUAUGUGUGAGGCAGAAUGGGGAAACUAAAAAAGCCAGCUGAUGCCUCUGGCUGGGAAUAUUUGUUCUCUCCCCACUUAAAACAAGGCUUCAUGGCACAGUGGUGUGGCAUGGUCCUGAUAUCUUCCACCUCAUAUGACUGUGCACAUUGCAGCUUCCAGGGAAGCAGAUGGAAGAGCUGGGAGCMAAUGUCCUGGGGCAAUUUCACAGGCCCUGGUUAGAAAUGGGCUUAGCCCUGGGGGCAAGCAGGUCUUGGAGAGCCAUGGCCAGACCAAUGGGGGCUGGCUCUGGGCUGUCCUAAGGGAAUAUGCAGCACUCAKAAGACAAACCUAAACAAUGACAGGGAGGUCACUGCUUUCACUACAGAGUGAUAAAUCCCAGUACAAGUGUAGGAGAACAUAAAUYUGGCAGURUUGUGAGGGCAGUUUGGCUAUGUGACUGCUGCUGGAGACAGCCUAGGGUUAACUGAAUGAAGUGYCCAGUCCCCUURGGACUGCAGUAGUGCUUCCAAAGUSGAGCACUUGGCAUAGCCCUGCUGUCUGGGGUGUUGGAGGGCUGAGAGGUACCAAGAGACAUCAGCAGGUGUCCUCAGCGGGUCUCUCCAUCUCCUCCCCAGGAAGCGUUCAGUUCACUCCCUUCCCCUCCUGUUCCUUCAGUGUAAAGCAAGCUGAGMUGGCUGCCCUUUUUUUCAGGUGAGCCACAAAGGGUCAGGCAGGGUAGGAGAAAACAGGCAUGAGAAAACAUSCAGUGAGGGUUUGACACACAGAAAGACUUUCACCUCCCCUCUUGAAAACUAGGGGUUUGUCAGGUAGUGUUGCCCUGGGAUGUCUGGGCUCUCGAUGUGAUGUGUUCAGUUUUAAACAGAUGUUUGGUCUAAUCUCUCUGGUUUGCUGGAAUAAAAUUCACUKCAGUAUUUGAAGAAGAGGAGGCAGUGAAGGACUACUGUAAAGACCAUUAAUGAGUGGAUAAAAAUAACUGAUACUACAAAUAUGAGGUCCACCCAAGAAAGGUUUUCGGUAAUUGGGAUGUAUCACUAUCUCCACUAUGUGGACCAGUGCUGAGCAGCSCUGUGAUUAAUUUGAGAUAGAUCUUGCACAAUACUGAGUCACCAGCCAUUCUGAGGUGUACAGCAGGGUUCCCAAACUGCAGYUGGAGGCUGUCUUCUGGAACCUAUCACCUCUUCAGUGUUUUCAGUCRAGAGCUGCUUAUCAGGUUACGUUGUUUUGCAUAACAAAUGUGAGCAUGACCCACAGUCCAGAGCUUUAACACCCUCUGGUGUAGCGCUGGCCUCUGUGAGCCAUGAGUUGUGCUCUGCAGAAGAAGUGUACAAGUGCCAGUCCCAAUUCCCCAGCUCCUGGUUACCUCCUUGUGCGCUGUUCUCCCUGGGCCCAGCGAUGCUAAGUGCUGAGCCCCUGAAUUCCAUGGAGUCUGAGGGCCUUGGCACUUGGCAGUUUCACAUCCUGCCUCUCCCUGUGGAGCACASACAUGCAUUACAUUAAAGAAGGGGAGCAAAUGAGCCUGGAACCAUCUCAGUGCCCCACUGAGGCUCCUUUUUGAGCAGUUUCCCUUGCAGGACUUGCCCAGUGGGGGGAGUUACCUGUUCUAAAUGCUGUGAUGCAGCAGGACAAGCUGCAUUUUUAAUGUGCUCAAGGUGAGCCAUCAAUCCAGCCUGCCCUGACUGCUACAUUUUUUUUAAAUGGCUUUUGUUGCAUCUCUUCUAGCUGACCCCUUUUUGAAAUACAGCACAAGGGCCAGUUCCAGAUCCUGCUGAGGAUAAGCAUGGUUUGCCUGCCUGCUGCUUCAGUAGGAUCCAGGUUGGGACCUAAUUCAGUGAAAGGGAGCACCAGCCAAAGCUUUUGGUUCAUCCUGUGGAUCAGCAUCUCUUGGUCRGAAUGGAAGGAAGGGAGCAGGGUGCUGUGGCUCUGUGUGUGUCAGCACAAGCAUGGGUCACACACCUGUGUGACAGAGCUGUGACAGGGUGAAGAGGCAGCCMCCCUGCUGAGCAGGGGACAGCGCUGGGGACACCACAGUAGCCACACCUCCAGUGAGGCUUCACCUGUGAACACAGAGCUGAGAAAGAGGGGCUUAGAAAUGCACAUCCACUAUACAGCAACCAGUGCAAGUCCAUGUGAUCAGAGAGAUUCAGGCUUUGUUGCUAAAGGGUGGUAAAGACAAGUCUCUAUUGUCUUUGUAAAGCUUCCUCCAAAUAGUCCAUAUUGGGAUCAAGUACUAGAGAGUAGAUUUUAUUAGAUUUGGGGUUGGUUCAGGGUUUUUUUCUUUCUUAAAAUGGUGCUGAUGUAUAUGUAAUGUUUAAAAAAAAAGUCAUUUGUAAAUAUGUUUUUACAAUUCUGCAGAUAUCACUGGAUCUACUAUCUGUAAAAUAUAUACAUAUAAAUAUAUAUAUAAAUAUAUAUAUAUACUGUUUCUUUAAAAUAGAAUAUUUUUAUUUCAUUCCUUGACUCAUCCUUACUGCAGUGGUAUUGCACUUCAGAUGACGUCUAAUUACUAAUUUGUACUGUAUCCCUGACAGCAACUUGCUCCAUUUUACUCAGAUUUUUCUAGAUUUCUGGUUUUACUUUGUACAUUAAGCAUUGCUUAUUUCCUUUUAAGACCUGUACAGAGUCUGAAAACAUAGAAAAAUACCUGAUGUUAACACACCACUUUUAAAGAAAAAGAAACAAAACGAGAACAAACAAAAAAAAGAAACCCAAAUAAAAGAUGGUUAUCUGAGUCAUAUACCUGGUA